AUGUUUUCUUCUAUUGCUGGCACAUUUACCUGGUGCCUACUGGCAUUUUCGGCCAUUUUCUUCCUAUCAUACUCUUCAGUUGGCUUCUGGAUCAGCGGGCAGAGUCCAGACGCUACCGGCGAUUACCCACACAGCCUCACGGCUAUCUUUUCUACGAGAACCCUCGAUUCGCUGAAUCAAGAUCCACAAUUUCACAACGCACUUCUUUCACUCACGGCGAUAGUCGCACAUUCUUCCGCAGACCUGGGAGGAAAGUUUGGGUGGGAAGAACUAAGGAGCUUCGGGACGAACCUGACAGAUGGAGUUGACCGCAUUCGCAAUAAGCAACAACACAGACACAAAAGACAAGAUCCUUUGGCAAAUUUUGGCGCAUCCUUGGAAGACUUAUUGGGUAGUUUAGUUAUAGGAGGAAAUUCGUCAUGUGGACUAACAAACAUCCUUGGUUGUCUGGGAGACUCACUCACUGAUUCGCUUGGUACACCUGCUCUCUUCUUGGGCAUUGGUCUCGGUAUGGGAACAGCCACUGGGCUCAACUUGACCGACGAGGAGGAAGCUAGUGCCAUAGCCAACAGUAUUGUGACUGCGUACAACUUGUCCGCGACUGGAAUAAACCUCGCGGCUCAGCAGUUGGGAAAUGGGCUAUCGAGGCAACUAUUGCCCGCAGUCGACAAAGGAAACGUUCCAGUCGGCCUGGCGGCAUAUGCUCUAGCAUCUGGAGUCGGCAACGCAACCGCAGUAGGGUUGGGUCUGACAAAGGAGCGGUUCCAACCAUCACAAGAUUCAAGCAUCGUAGGGAUAGCAGGCAAUCUUGGCUUGGGAGUUGCAAUGCCACUAGUUGGCAAAAGGGAUCUCAAAGCCUCGAUAACGAGCUGGACUAACAGCUCGACUGCUUCGGAACUGAUACAGCGGCUUCCUCGAUUUGCAGCAGCGGCUGGCAUUGGCUUAGGAAAAGGCAUGAGAAACGGAUUCGGCCUGCAUAAGAAGAAUAACAAGAACAACAAAAACAAAAAUGACAACAAAAACGAUAAGAGCAACGACAACGACAAUGACAACAACAAUGAAAACAACAACCGAAAACAACAAAAACGGCAGCCCCAAGACGUUCCACUGGAUUCUCCAAAGUUCCCCAAAGCUGUGAGACUAUUCGCCAAGGGUCUCAGUCAGUCAUUUAUUGAAGGAAGCGACUUUUCAGACAUCAAUGCUGCAAUGAGCGCAGCUUUAUUUAGUUCAUUUGAUGUUCCGAAGAUGCUUGGAUCUAUAGCGGCGGGAGCUGGAGCCGGUAUUGGCACGGGAAUCGCCGUCGGGUUGGAUAUCAAGACUACGAACAGCACUUCGACGAUUACCGGAGAUAUCAGCACCGAAGAGGUGCAAACGGCUUUAGCUGCUGAAUCGUUUACACGAAACUUCUUCUCGAACUUUCUAGAGAAUAGUUCCGCCAUACAAAAGGCCAGGAAAUUGAUUACAGACAGCCCACCACAGGCAUUCAAAGGCUUCGAUGCGGCCAAGGCAGCGGAAGGCUUAGGUAGAGGUGCAAUCGAGGGCGUCAUGACUGCCAUGUCCUCAUGUGGAGGGCUCAAAAAUCUCAUUACCGGUGAAUUUCCGGUCGAUGCAUUUGGCAAGGUGCCAGCGUUGGGCCCGACGCAAUUCAACGACUCCAUUAACGGUGCUGCUGUGGGCUUCGCACGGGGUUUAUCCGGAAAGGCAACUAUACUCAUUGCGGAAGUUGCACGAAAUCUUACAGGAGGGUCACAAGCAUCGGAAAAUGCUACUAUGGGUAAAAAACGUAGCAUUGUCGAUGAGGAUGAGGGGGUCAGUGUAGAUAAAAUCAAUCCCCUCUCCACUCGCCAAGCUCAGCUAUCUGAUGGAGCUCAAAUACCCUUGGCGAUCGAUUCAGAUACGGCACAGAUAGGUGCGCAGAAAAUUGUCGAUUCCUUGACUUGUCAAGGCGUCGGCGGCAUCAUCUCGGCAGCUAUGGGUUUCAUGUCCACGUCAAAAGCGGAGGUUGAGAUGAUUGAGAUAGCCAUGGGCCAAGUAGGGGUUCCACUCGAUCCCAUGGUCCUGCGACUUUUGCCUCAAGGGCCGGUUGUGGUUACAUCAGGAGGCAACAACUUCGAAAUUAACACGCAAGAGAAAAGCAUUAAGAUCAAUGGACAAGCACUGAGUUUAUUUACUACACUUACUUGGCUGCAUGUGAUUUUUACAAGCCUCGGCUUUCUCCUUUUCCUACCGCUAUAUCUUAUCUUGGGUGUAGUUUGGCGCUUCUCGGUUCUCAUAGGGUACCCAGUUGGCGAGAUGAAGAACCGGAAAUGGCGUAUGGGGUUUCUGGCCAUGUUUGCUGUUUUUGGUACUACUGGCAUCAUUUUGGGCAUUGUCGGUAUGGGCAAUACCGGUCAUUUCAGGGACGUGCACGGCAUACUCGGUUUGAUCUCUCUUAUCAUAAUAUUGCCUACCUUUGGCUUGGGGGUCGCCCGGCUACGUAGUACAAUGCCGCACCCCUCGCCCUCUGCGUUUGUGGGAAUCAAAGGCCCUAUCGGACUUGCCAAAUCACCACAGCGUAUUUAUUUCUUGAGCAGUCUCAGCAUACAGCUUAGUUUGAUCUUGGGCCAGUUUGCUUUUCUCCAGGGGUUCACGACACUUCGUACCAUCUCGCUAUGUAUUGUAGAUGCGUUCUUCUCUUCCAGCUCUUCUGCGGGGAUUGUUAGCAUCUUUCUAGUGGUACAAAUGAGCGCCACGGCAUUGGUAGGUAUCAGAGGAUGGGUAGAACAACAUAUUGCCAAGAACGUAAGCGCGGGAAACUCACCCAGAACCGAGUCUGCUAUUUUCAACCCAGGGAGACACGACACGAUGGCGACGUUUGGAUUCGACAAAAAGGACACUCCUCCAGCUUUCAACCAAGCCGUAAGAAGGCGGUCGAAUUUCUCGGGGAAAACGGAAGAUCUCAAGGGCUCCGAAGACAGUGGCAUCGGGGCGCCGUUCAAUUUCCGCAAAGAAGGCAGCAUUGGCGAGCAAGGAGGAGUAGAAGACAAGGACAGAGACGCCGUUGGACCCUUUCUCUCACCCGAAGAACGGGACAACUAUCAAGAGCGUGGCAUUUAUAACCCCAAGACGGGAGGGUACAUUCAACAACAACAAGCCAUGACCAAUGGUGAUUAUUACAACAGCCUAGCUGCAUACGGCGAGCGGCGGCCUUCGUCUGGCAUAUUUGACCCGCAGCUCUCCCCGAGUCCACGCAUCAUGGCGGCAGGACCGAAGAUGUCGAAUGUGUCGACCAAGGAUUUGUGGCCGCCUCCUAUGCCGGAGUCUGAGCGGCUCUAUUCGAGAGCGAAGGCAGCCAAUUCAGUGAGCAGUCGGUACAGUCGGCCGAUUGAUGGAAAUGUCCCUGUGCGGGAUAGUUUUAUGGGAUUUGGGGGUUGAGAAGGGCUGUAUGUAGGGAAAGGAGGAUAGACAGGAAAUAUACCCAAGUAGUUUAGAUAGCGACUUUGCUUGUAG